UAUCUUGUCAAAACAGGAUCAAAGCUUUAUACUACUACAAAUCUACAAUAUCAUAAACUCAAGCAAAGUAUCUUCAGUUUGUUCUGGUCGUGUUUAUUAUCGAUAUUAUUAAAGAUCAGUCAUGUGGCUAUUGGGAUUUAACGGGCCAUCUGGGUUCUCAGCUCGUUCCACUGCUGAGCAAGUCACUAAAGGAAUCGAUGGAACUGGACUUACUGCUAUUGUUACAGGAGCAUCCAAUGGUAUUGGAAUAGAGACUGCACGUGUCCUCGCCUUGCGUGGUGUACAUGUGAUUAUGGGAGUGAGGAACGUUAAAGCUGGAAACAAAGUUAGAGAGGACAUACUCAAGAAUAUCCCCAAUGCUAAAAUUGAUGUCAUGGAAAUAGAUCUCAACUCAAUGGCGUCUAUAAGGAAAUUUGCCAGCGAAUAUAUUUCCUCUGGUCUUCCUCUGAAUAUCCUUGUCAACAAUGCAGGGAUUAUGGCUCCUCCAUUUACACUAUCAAAGGACAACAUAGAACAGCAGUUUGCAGUUAACCAUUUGGGUCCAUUUCUUUUGACGAAUCUCUUGUUGGACACCAUGAAAAAGACAGCAGCUACUAGCCAGAAAGAAGGAAGAAUUAUUAACGUUUCAUCGGAGCUCCACCGUUAUGGGUACAAAGAAGGGAUCCGUUUUGACAAAAUUAAUGAUGAAUCAAGCUAUGAUGGCAAUCUUGCCUACAAACAGUCAAAGCUUUGUAACCUAUUGCAUACCAACGAGCUUGCAAGGCGCUUGAAGGGAGAAGGGGUGAACAUAACUGCAAAUUCUCUUCAUCCUGGAGUCAUUGCCACGAAUCUUAUCAGUCACAUGACUCUUCUCAGCUGGGUUUCUACUAUUGCACAAUAUGUGACCAAGAACAUUCCCCAGGGGGCAGCAACAUCAUGCUAUUUGGCAUUGAAUCCCAAAGUUAACGGUGUCUCUGGCGGAUAUUUUAUGGACAGCAACCAAGCUGAACCAGGCUCUUUGGCUAAGGAUGAAGAACUGGCCAAGAAACUGUGGGAUUUCAGCUUGGAGUUGACAGCUUCCAAGUAGUUAGCUUGUGACACUAAUCUUGCUACUAAUCUUGCUGAAUCAAAUUUUGUUUGAGACAUGUAUUACCUAGUUUUUUUUGGGUUUUUUUUGUUUGUGGUUUCUUUUAGAUAAUUUGUUCUAGCUGUUUGUUGAAUAAAAUAAAAAAGAGAGGAAUAAAGAACCAACAGGAUGCAACUUUUUAUA